UUAAUUUGCACCUCAGAUCGUGCCGGAGAAUUCGUCUAUCCACAACACUAGUAUGGAAAACUCCACAGACGCAAUCAUGUGGACGACCCCGACGGAAAGAGGGCCGUUUAUGGUUUACGAAGAAUACUGGGGUAGACAAAUCUUCGCAGCUAUGUGUCUCACGGUGUCAAUAACUGGAUUUGUAGGUAACACCCUAGUUGUUACUGCUGUCUCGCUGUCUAAGAAACUCCGCACCGUCACCAACGUCUUUGUGGUAAGCCUCAGCAUCAGUGAUUUGCUCUCGUGUAGUUUCAUGCCUUGGCAGGCGGUUGGUGUCUUGAGCGAGGAUGGCUGGCCCCUCCCACAAGCCUACUGGCUCUGCGUGGCCACCAUUGCGGCCAUGCUCAUCGGUAACGGCUGCAGCAUCAAUACCCUAGCUCUGAUCGCAGUCAGAAGGUGGAUCGGCAUCACCAAAUCAAAAGCCCUCGCACGCCGCAUCUACACCCACCGUACCGUCGCCUGCAUGCUGGUGUUGUCGUAUACCCUGCCAGUCUGUUGCACGAUACUCCCAGCGGCAAUGGGCUUCGGUGAGCUGGGCUACGAACCUUUGUUCGGCACUUGCUCCUGGGUCAAAUCCAACCCUUACGCACACAUCCAGAACAUUUUGGGCGUGGUAUUCUAUUUUCCCCUCCAGUUGAUCAUCAUCGCGAUGUGCUACAUCUCUAUUUUCCGGUACGUUCUCAAGACGUCCCGCCGCAUGGCCCGUCACGACACCCAAAGCGUCUCCGGUUCGGUGAGUGGAGCUGACCGGGCGAUGCGUAGGAGGCUUUGGAAGAGGCAGAUCGCAGUCACUAAGAACCUUGUCUAUAUCGUCUUGGCCUACGUUUUCUGCCUCCUUCCAUUUUUCAUAGUUCUGGCCAGCAGCCCAGGACAAGCCUGGAUUUAUCGUAUGGCGCCCUACGCUGGACUAACCGUCUACGUGAACACCUGUAUCAACCCCAUCUUGUAUGCCACAACUCACCCCGACUUCAAGGAGGCCUUCUCCUACAUGAUUCGCGGCAAAUGGAAAGACAUUCCGCAAACAACUUCUCAUCAGAUGAAAACAAAUCGCUAAGGAAAGUGAAACACCAAUGUGGUGAGACAACAUUGUUUACUGAAUAGUGAUAUUAUUACAAAGAAUGAUUUGGCAUUGCCCAGAGCUCAUGUAGACAUUAAUGACUGAAUGGUAUGUCAUAAAGUGGUGAAGUUUUAUGAAAAGGGAACGCGAUAAGGAAAUGGACGUGGUAUAGAAUCAAAGUACCACCACGCCCACCUACACCUGCCCGGCGGACAUUCGGCACAGUGAUAACGGAGCUCAACAAUUAAGGUACUAUCAAACAAAUUGCACAUUAUCUACGAAUUUAGUUCUAGAUGCUGUGGGAAUUGAAUUUAUGGCGGGACAUUACUUUCCCCGAAUUUGGUAACUGUUAAAGGAAAUGUACA